CCAAAAUACCCACUGAUUUCGGCGCCAAUUCCAAAUUUCUGCAAAUUUUCUCCUUUCCUCUCCCAUCCACUGAAUAGUUCUUCUCCUAGAGUUUUUUCUUGUGUCACAAAGAGUUCAAUGGCUUAAUGGGAGGGUCUAAAUGAAGCUCGUGUUCUUAUUGCACCAGGUUGACAUUGCAGAGCCUUCUAAGGAUGGGAACAAGGUAGAACAGCUAUUAUCUCUCCGACAUCCCAAAUCUGGAACUGCAACAUGUUACCUUUGUGUUGAUGGAUCUCUUCAAGAACUUCACUGGUUCAAGCGAUCUUAUGGGUCUUUAUGUGAAGGUGAGCUUCCCACUGCCUAUCUGAGCAUGCUUUUAGGUGCUAGAUACAAGUCUAAGCAAGUGUGGCAAGAGAUUGAGGAGAGGUUUGGAAAGAAGCUUGCUACUUUGGAAACACAAUACCUAUCUCAAGGGGGCAGAGCUAUCCUUAUUAAUAGUGGACUUGGCUCUCUUCUGACCUAUCUUAUGCCCUUCUGUCGUAUGCCUGUCAGUUUUUUCUGUACUGUUUGUACACUUGCAACUCCAGUGGAUCCAGUUUUUGUUUUGUUACCUAUUUUUGAAGAAGCAAGAAUGAAGAAACAGGAUGAUCCAGGAAAGUUUAGGCAAGUGGAUGAAAUAAUUUAUGUUGUGGGCUAUCCUGGAUACCAGCAUCUUUCUUCUGUUGCUGAGAACUGCAUGCAAGUGGUUUGUGAUGUCAAAGGUAAUCCAAUUAAAAAGACAUUGCUGACACUGGAUAAGAACUAUGCUGCUCGAGAUAAGAAAGAAAUAUUAUCUGAUGCAGUAUCUAUAAUUGGAGAGUACUUGAAGGAAGAGCCUUGGUUGAAGCUCCUCUGCCGCAAAUUGUGCAUAGACUUGCAAGAUGAGACUUAAGCGUCAAACAUCACCAAUGAAAACUGGUUUUGAGUCCUAUCAUGAACAGGUAAGCAACCAUUUUUAAACUGACUCUGAUCCCAUGACUUGGUGAUUAGGAAGUAUUCUCUUCUACGGCACCAGGAAUGAGGAUAAUAAACUGUGCAAGAACAAUAUCAUCCUGUCUUGAUGCAUGAUUAAAAAAAAAAAUAGAAAUUGAAUCUUAUUUUUACAAUAUGUUUCUCUCCCAGGCUGUGCCUACUGUAAUAUUUGUAAUUUUGUGUUUGGGCAAAGCCUACAUGUGCAUGAAGAACUAAUUUUUGAUGUUACGGAUUCUUCUUUUCCAUUUCUUUUCUGCUUGGGAAGAUAUAGGAUAGAUUAAGUUGAACACCCUUUGUCGAAAAAUUAUAUUAUAUAUAAACAAAACUAUAUGAAGUAUAUAGAUCAAACAUUACUUUUCGUUUGUAUAGUCCGUCCGGCCUUGCUGUAUGGAGCGGAGUGUUGGCCAGUUAAGAACUCCCACAUCCAAAAAAUGAAGGUGGCAGAAAUGCGGAUGUUGCGCUGG